ACGUGUAAACUGUGUCCAGGACUGCAGGCUAAUAUAAAGGUACAGCAACUACUAUGGAUAUUGCGCGCGAACCUGGAUAUUGCAGCAACAGCAACAUCACACCCGGGCAUGCUACAACUGCAUUGCAAUGCAUGGAAUACGACGUCGGUGCAUGCUACGAUGUAACUGUCAGUCGUAGAAAUUAUCCCGGGUGGUAUAAGAAGUGGUGGAUGAUCAACACAUGAUUUUCUGCCAGUGGACCGACAGGACAGGCAGACCAACAUCCCUCGAACGCAACGACAUAUUCGCUAUGCGGUCCUUCUCCUUAUGCAGCAGUGCUCUCGCACUGUUCGCACUCCCCGCCCUCGCGGGACCUUCCGCAGACAACACAUGUACCCCCCUCGCCAACGGCUUCGCCGCCAUCGACGACUCCCCCGCCAUCAAUGCCGCCCUCGUCGAGUGCGGCGCCGGCGGCACCAUCGUCCUCCCCGCCGACCAAGCCUACAGCAUCUUCACGCCGCUCGACUUCUCUCUCUGCCGGCACUGUGAUGUCCAGAUCGAGGGCACGCUGAUCCUCGCGGCGGAGCAGCUGCCCUACUACGGCACGCUCCCGUACUACGCCAACGGCGCCACGCGCUCCGUCUUCACCAUCGCCAACGCGACCGGCGUGCGCAUCCGCAGUGUGACUGGCAGCGGUGUGGUGGAUGGCAACGCGGUGAGCUGGUACCAGCGGACUAAGUGGAGUCCGAAGACGGGCGGGUAUCCCUUUGUGCAUGUCACCAACGGGUCGACGGAUGUCAGCGUGGAGAACCUGCACUUCAAGAACAUCCAGGACCGUGUGUUCCGGCUGCAGGGCGGGAGCUCGAAUCUGCGCUUCGAGGACGUGAGGAUCACGGCCGAGGGGAUCAAUCCCAACUACGCGUCGUUUGACAACUUUGCGUUUGAGAUGGGCAAGGUGGAGAACGUUAGCAUUGCCAAUGUGGACAUUGACUUCGGCGCGCAGACAGGAAGCGAUAGGCCUGUCGGUACCUGCGUGUCGUUCGACCACGGGACCGACGGCGUUGCCGUGGCAAACGUAACAUGUCGCCGCGCGUUCAUGGGUGCGGCUAUCCAGUUCGACACCAUCAGCGCCUUUGCGCCCUCGGCGGCCAACGCCACUGCCACCGUGUCUAACAUCCUCGUCUCGAACUUUACGUUUGCAGGGGCGCACGCUACGGGGGUCGAGAGCUGGUUCAAUCUCAGCAAGAAGGUGAUUCGCAAUGCGGUGUGGGAGUGGGUCACGGUGGAGGGGGGAACGCCCGCGGAGUUUGACCCGUGCUAUGCGAGUAUGCGGGAUACGCAGUAUUAUCCGCGGUGUUUGCAGUAUGCGACAUAUGAUGCCGAGGUGGUGUUUAGGCAUUAUAGGGGGAAAGUGGGGAGUCCGCCGACGGAUCCAAGGUGGGGCGAGGUGAAUGGGUUGAUGGAUGUUAGGCCGGUGUUUGAGGACUGGGUUGCGGAUGCGUAGGUGGUGGU